UGCUUUCGUGAAUAUUAUAACGAUGUCAAAAAAAGCAAUUCGCAAUGGAAGCGCCCAGUACGACAACCAGAUACUUCAGAAUCAAUACGACGAUCAAUCAGAAGCGCAACUACCAUCACUUGGGCCAGUACGACAACCGAAUACCCCUGAUCAGUACGACAACCGAUCAGGAGCCCCCUAUGCUUUAUAA